AUGAUGUCCUCAACGAUAAUCGUACUAGUACUGAUGAUUAGUGGACUUUCUAUGUCUACUUCUGAAGCGCAAUCACCAAUAUCUGCCUUUGAUCUAUUUGCCAAAGCAUUAAUUAAAACAAUUCAAACACCUAUUAGUUUAAAUGACGACAAUCCAACAAUGUCUGUUGAUAUUAUAUUAGAAAAUGAUGAGGUAUUCAGUCUUGAUGAUAUUCUUCGUUUAUUUAUUCAACAAUAUAUUCUUGCAUUAUAUGAUAAUCGUAAUCAUCUUGUACCUGAAGAUUGGGAAACACGAUAUCCUGCAUAUAGUAAAGUAUUGAGUGAAGUUAAUAAUGUUUUAGAUUUAAUUGGUAAACGAGUAUUAUCUGAAAUAAAAUUGAAAGAUAUUCAACCACUUAUUAAAAGUCUAACACCUGCAGUAUUGGAAGAUUUACAACAAUUAUUAAAACACUUAGAUGAAGAAACCGAAAAAGAAAAUGGUGAUGAUUCAGCUAAAGAAGAUUUAUAG